UUUUUUUUUCGAGGGCUGGGUAAAACCGAACAGGUCCACAGAAUUUAGAAAAGCAAUGAUCGAGACAGCAAUGGAAGUUAUUCUAGGAGGAGUAUAGUAGUCGGAAGUAGUAGUGGGAGAGAGAGGGAUAACGAGGGAGAGAGAGAGAGAGGGGGAGGGAGAAAGAAGCAAGAACCUUAGUAUAUAAAAACACAGCCCUUUAAUGAUUUUUGGUUUCUUUGGGUAGCCAGGGUCCAGGGAUGAUAACUGUGUCUCUUUGUUAAUCACUUCUUCAUGCAUGCUGGGACUAGUGGUUUUUGUUUUUGAUCUCGUUUCAGCCAUCAUGGAGUUGCUGCAAACUUCAAAUGCUGAUGUGGGUCCAAAGAUUCCUGUUGAUUUCGGAUACCAAAUUGUGCAAGUAUGUUUUUACAUUUCCAAUCCUCAAGUGAAUUGCGUUGUUGAUAGAGUUCAUAGCUUUUUCCCAUGAGUUAUUUUUGAAGGUUUUGGAAUCCGAUGAUUGUUUUCUCGUAAGUGUUUGAUUCAUUACUCUUCAAUUCUUUCAUUGUUUUGGGGCUGGGGAUACAUUUUUUCAUAUUCUUUUGUUGUUUAUUAAUUCCAUACACUCACAUUUGUCAUAUAGGAUCACUUGACAUUUUAGAGAAACCUUUUCAUUUUGAUUUUUUUUUUUUAUCUGUUAUCAUUCAUCGGAUUCCUAUUCUUUUUAAUUGAUUCUUUAAAAGAAAUUCUCACACUCACAUUAGUCUGUCUCUCUUGAUCUCCGUUUUUAAAUGUACACACACAAAGUUUUCAUCUGAACACAGUAUCUGUAUACUCAAUAAACCAUUUGUUUCAUAGUUCAAAAUUUUUUUAUAGAGUCAAAGAGAGAUAGGGAGAGAAAAAGAAGAAAAUAGGGUGGGUGAAUCGCACAAAAAUAUCAGACAAAAGAAAUUGGAAGGCUGUAGAGGAUGUUGGCCGGGUGUUCUAGUUCUACACUGCUGUCACCUAGGCAUAGAUUAAGGAGUGAGUCACCUGCACAGUUUCAAGCUUGCCAUUUCCAGUUACCUUCAAUGAGCACGCAGAGAUUGGACUUGCCAUGUACCUUCUCUCGCAAAGAAUCCUCGCGGUCACAGCCUAUUAGGCCUGUUGGUGUUGGUCUCUCUGUUGAUAAGUCACUUGAAUCCAAGGCCAGCAGUUGCUCUCUCCAACAGAAUAUCAGGCUCCCCCCUUUAGCAACAAGCACUCAAUCAGUGAAAGAUGAGUUUUGGGAGAAGGGUAAGAGCUUGAAGAGGUUUGCAGAGCAGGUUUCAGUUGAUGAGUCUUGCGCUAACAGGGCUAAGAGAAAAAGGGGUAGCAAUGAUAAUGGUAAGUCAGGUGAUGUUCUUGAAGGUGGAGAUACUUUGACUCUAGGUCAGUGGGAAAGUGGCAAUUUUUGGUUUCAAUCAGGAUUUGAGGUACCCAGAAGCCUAAACCCUCCACAAGCUCAUUUCACUUUGACAUGUUCAGGAGAUGAGGAGAGGGUCUGUUUUGUGCCUGGUGAGGUGAUUUCGCCACCUUUGCCAUUGUCAAACAAUCCAUGGUUGGACUCUGUUGUAACCGAGAUCACUGACCUCGGCGAGAAAGAUGGAGAGAGUAGCCAAAGACCAGUAAAAGAAGCCUCGGGUUCAAGUGCAUCGUCAGAUAGUCAUAGCUUGGGCCUUAGGCUAAGCGAGAAUGUUGUGGUGCACGAAGUGGGUAAUGGCUCCAGGAAUCCUCAUCCACAAGAAGGCACCGCUGUGGAAGCUGCAGAGGAGAAUCACCAGGAGUAUGCAUUUGAGCUGAUCAGCUUGCUUACAGCAUGUGUUGAAGCAAUUGGGUCCAAAAAUAUGGCGGUGAUCAACCAUUGUAUGGCUAAAUUGGGGGAUCUUGCUUCUCCAAAAGGAACUGCUUUUAGACGGCUUAGUGCUUACUAUACUGAGGCUUUAGCUCUUAGAGUUACAAGGCUUUGGCCACAUAUAUUUCACAUCACUACCCCGCGGGAGUUUGAUCGAGUUGAUGAGGAUUCUGGAGCUGCAUUGAGGCUUUUGAAUCAAGUGAGUCCCAUCCCCAAGUUUAUUCAUUUCACAGCAAAUGAGAUAUUGUUGAGAGCUUUUGAGGGGAAGGAUAGGGUUCACAUUAUAGACUUUGACAUAAAGCAAGGACUUCAAUGGCCUAGUUUGUUUCAAAGCCUGGCCUCUAGGACUAAUCCUCCUAGCCAUGUUAGAAUCACAGGCAUAGGCGAGUCCAAGCAAGAACUGAAUGAGACAGGUGAUAGGCUUGCCGGAUUUGCUGAGGCAUUGAACCUGCCUUUCGAGUUCCAUCCUGUUGUGGAUAGGUUGGAAGACGUGAGGCUUUGGAUGCUCCAUGUGAAGGAAGGGGAGUGCGUGGCUAUAAAUUGUAUUUUCCAGAUGCACAAGACACUUUAUGAUGGAAAUGGAGGAGCAUUAAGGGAUUUCUUGGGACUUAUUCGAAGCACAAAUCCUACAGUAGUCCUUAUGGCAGAGCAAGAAGCAGAACAUAAUGCCCCUAAUUUGGAAGCAAGAGUGUGCAAUUCUUUGAAGUACUACUCUGCAAUAUUUGACUCAAUCGAUUCUAGCCUUCGGUUAGAAAGCCCGGUUAGAAUCAAAAUAGAGGAGAUGUUUGCACGGGAGAUUAGGAAUAUAAUUGCUUGUGAAGGAAGUGAUAGGCUUGAAAGGCAUGAAAGUUUUGAGAAGUGGAGAAAGUUGAUGGAGCAAGGUGGAUUCCGGUGCAUGGGAAUUAGUGAGAGGGAAGUGCUUCAAAGCCAAAUGUUGUUGAAGAUGUACUCUUGUGAGGAUUAUAGGGUUAAACAAGAGCAAGAUAGAGCAGCACUUACUCUAUGUUGGUUAGAUCAGCCUCUCUAUACAGUGUCUGCAUGGGUGCCUCUAGAUGUUGCGGGAAGCUCAUCCUCUUUUUCUCAGCCAAGUUGAUUGCUGGAGGUUUCUUUUUCUUAAUACAUACCAUCAAAUUUCAUUCCAUUCUUGCACACAGAAAGGGACAAUAAAUUCUUUGUAGGUAGAAAAAGCUGUCAUCAUUCUUUCAUUCUUUUGUAGUUUCAUACUUGUUUCAGUUCAUUGCAGGGCAGAUUUCUAGGUUUCGGUCCAUAGAAUUUGGAUUCAGUUUUAUGUUUAUUAUUCUUUGAUUCUUUAUUAUUGAUGAAAUUCUUUGUUGUACUGUCAUUACAUUGUUCAUUAUAUUUGUUGGAAAAGUUUAAAAGUUUAUGAAC